AUGGGACGGAAAAAGCAAGCGCAGCAAAAACGCAGCAGCCGCAGAACCGAGACCGUGCGUCAAAAAACACCACCAAAGCCUUAUCGAGGCCUUCCACCUGCGUCUCCUCCACUCUCACCCCGAGAGUACUUGGAAGUGCACAGCCUCGAUCCCCUCGACUCUCUUUUCGUUGUUAACGAAACCGUCGCUGCUAACGAAUCAGCGCUUGAGGACACCAUCGUCGGUGGCGAGAACCUUGUACCGAUUGAAGCUACUGAACCAACAAGAGCGCAUCGUCAGCUUGUCUUCGAUUCUGAUGAGAGCUCCGACGGUGACGAGCACGACCGUGCUUUUAUUGAAGAGCCCGCCUUUGGUCCAAGGCGCGCCAAGCAUUGCAUUACCUACCGUGGCUUAAUUAGAAAAGUGGGCCCAAAUAAUCCAGCGGAAGUAAUUCGGUACUUGGGUGAAAAUGGGGACAAAGGGCGAUGGUUUUUCCGGCCGGUUUAUGGUCGUUUUUGCAAAACCUCUCACGGGUUCUUGCGUUUUAACGAAGAACUCUACGAGGGCACUGGCGAUGAUCUCGAACGAAUCUUGAAGAUUCUGGACAAGAUCUUCAGAAAUCGCACGACUGAAAUGGCGGAGUUUGAGGAGGAGCUAAAUCGAGGGGAGAUUGGAGUGGUUCUUGAAACAAAAACGCAUCUUCUCCCCCUGAAAAACAUUCAGUUCGGGAUUGCAAGCCUCAAGAAAACCGAUCCGGAUCGACGGGCAGAGCACGAUGAAGCUCCAGCGUAUGCGUCCGAGCCUUGA